CCUUUACACUGGGACCACAGAAGAGUUCUUACUAGGGUUGAGUGUGGGUCCCUGCCCACCCGCGUGCCCUCAGCCCUAGCAGAGCUUCGAAGUUGGAGCCACCUCCCUCUCUACCUCCCCACGCCCCUUCACGCCACUGCUCCGAAAUUGGCCGACCUUUGCAUGCGUUGCCUAAGGGCUGCAAACCUUGAGGCAGAGAAGUCAGCAGGCAAUCCAGCCAGGCUUUCCGUAUUGUAACCCUCGGUCUAGGUACAGUAGCUCACUGAAGACUCUGCAGAUACACCCCCUAUAAACCGAGGGAAGAAGGGGGGAGGGAAAGGAAAAAGAGAAUGAGAGGAUGUCAGAAGGUCCGUGCCUCUCUGCCUGAGUCCCAAUUAGACGCGACUGUUUCAGCCUGGCCAAGGUGAAGGAAAGUUGCUUCUGAGCCUAGGAAGUGGGUUUGGCUGCAAAGAGGAGGAGGGCGACUGGGCUCUGAAGCUCCCCUCCCUUCUGCUGAAGACCACUGGGUCCCCUUCUUGCCAACCUCCUCCCGCUCUUCUCCUCCAACCCUCCCUUUUCCCACUCCUCCUUGACUCGGAGGCCUGGAUGCUGGGCCACCGGGCAGUGGUCCAACGCGCAGCCAGGCGGGGGCGGGGGCAAGGGGCACUGUGACAGGAAGCUUCGCGCACAACUUGGCCAUUUCAGGGGCAAAAUAAGUUCUCCCUUGGAUUUAGAAAGGACAAAGGCAGCAGGCUCCCUCUUUUGUGUCGGAUGAAGAGGACCAACCAUGAGCUGGAGCUUGGGUGCAGGCUCACCGCCUCUGCCACCGCGGUCAGCUCCAGUUCCUGCCAGGAGUUGACGGUACGAGGAAUUCGGUGAAGGGCUCCUUUAGCCCAAUCCUCCCUUAUUUGAAGGACAGGCCAAAGAUCCCACUUGGAAAUGAGAGGAGAAGAAUAGCAGACAACAUUGGCUCCACCCCAUAAUAUUUUCAAGAAAUACAAAAACAGGAUUCAUGAAGAUGUUGACAAGACUCCAAAUUCUUAUUUUAGCUUUGUUUUCAAAGGGAUUUUUACUCUCUUUAGGGGAACACAACUUUAUGAGGAGGGAAAUUAAAAUAGAAGGCGACCUUGUUUUAGGUGGCUUAUUUCCUAUUAAUGAAAAAGGCACUGGAACUGAAGAGUGCGGGAGAAUCAAUGAGGACCGGGGUAUCCAACGCCUGGAAGCCAUGCUGUUUGCUAUUGAUGAAAUCAACAAAGACAAUUACUUACUACCAGGAGUGAAGCUGGGUGUUCACAUUUUGGAUACAUGUUCCAGGGAUACCUAUGCAUUAGAGCAAUCACUGGAGUUUGUUAGGGCAUCUUUGACUAAAGUGGAUGAAGCUGAAUAUAUGUGUCCCGAUGGAUCAUAUGCUAUUCAAGAAAACAUCCCACUGUUCAUUGCAGGAGUCAUUGGUGGUUCAUACAGCAGUGUUUCCAUACAGGUGGCAAACCUGCUGAGGCUCUUCCAGAUCCCCCAGAUCAGCUACGCCUCCACCAGCGCCAAACUCAGCGACAAGUCGCGCUAUGAUUACUUUGCCAGGACCGUGCCCCCUGACUUCUACCAGGCCAAAGCCAUGGCCGAGAUCUUGCGCUUCUUCAACUGGACCUAUGUGUCCACUGUCGCCUCGGAGGGCGACUACGGAGAGACGGGCAUUGAGGCCUUCGAGCAGGAAGCCCGGCUGCGGAACAUCUGCAUAGCCACCGCGGAAAAGGUGGGCCGCUCCAACAUCCGCAAGUCCUACGACAGCGUGAUCCGUGAGCUGCUGCAGAAGCCCAACGCGCGCGUCGUGGUCCUCUUCAUGCGCAGCGACGACUCGCGGGAACUGAUCGCCGCAGCCAGCCGCGUGAACGCCUCCUUCACCUGGGUGGCCAGCGACGGCUGGGGCGCGCAGGAGAGCAUCGUCAAAGGCAGUGAGCACGUAGCCUACGGCGCCAUCACCCUGGAGCUGGCAUCCCACCCGGUUCGCCAGUUCGACCGCUACUUCCAGAGCCUCAACCCCUACAACAAUCACCGCAACCCCUGGUUCCGAGACUUCUGGGAGCAGAAGUUCCAGUGCAGCCUCCAGAACAAGAGAAACCACAGACGGGUUUGCGACAAGCACCUGGCCAUUGACAGCACCAACUAUGAGCAGGAGUCAAAGAUCAUGUUUGUGGUGAAUGCGGUGUAUGCCAUGGCGCAUGCGCUGCACAAAAUGCAGCGUACCCUCUGUCCCAACACCACCAAGCUCUGUGAUGCAAUGAAGAUCCUGGACGGAAAGAAAUUGUACAAGGAUUAUUUGCUGAAAAUCAACUUCACGGCUCCAUUCAACCCAAAUAAAGGAGCAGACAGCAUUGUCAAGUUUGACACUUUUGGAGACGGGAUGGGAAGAUACAACGUGUUCAACUUCCAGCAUACAGGCGGAAAGUAUUCCUACUUGAAGGUCGGUCACUGGGCAGAGACUUUAUCUCUGGAUGUGGACUCUAUCCACUGGUCCCGGAACUCAGUCCCCACUUCCCAAUGCAGCGAUCCCUGCGCCCCCAACGAAAUGAAGAAUAUGCAGCCAGGCGAUGUUUGCUGCUGGAUCUGCAUCCCCUGUGAGCCCUACGAAUACCUGGUUGAUGAGUUCACCUGUAUGGAUUGUGGGCCUGGCCAGUGGCCAACUGCUGACCUAUCUGGAUGCUACAAUCUUCCAGAGGAUUACAUCAAGUGGGAGGACGCCUGGGCAAUCGGUCCAGUCACCAUUGCCUGCCUGGGCUUUAUGUGUACGAGCAUAGUUAUUACUGUUUUUAUAAAGCACAACAACACACCCUUGGUCAAAGCAUCAGGCCGAGAGCUCUGUUAUAUCUUGUUGUUUGGAGUUAGCCUGUCCUAUUGCAUGACAUUCUUCUUCAUUGCCAAACCGUCGCCUGUCAUCUGUGCUUUGCGCCGGCUUGGGCUUGGGACCUCCUUUGCCAUCUGUUAUUCAGCUCUGCUGACCAAGACAAACUGCAUUGCUCGAAUCUUUGAUGGUGUCAAGAAUGGCGCUCAGAGGCCAAAAUUCAUCAGCCCCGGUUCUCAGGUUUUCAUCUGCCUGGGUUUGAUACUGGUGCAAAUUGUGAUGGUGUCUGUUUGGCUUAUCCUGGAGACUCCAGGCACCAGAAGAUACACCCUUCCAGAGAAGCGGGAAACAGUCAUCCUAAAAUGCAACGUCAAAGAUUCCAGCAUGUUGAUCUCUCUGACCUAUGAUGUGGUCCUGGUGAUCCUAUGCACUGUGUAUGCCUUCAAAACAAGGAAGUGUCCUGAAAACUUCAAUGAAGCCAAGUUCAUAGGCUUCACUAUGUAUACCACCUGCAUCAUCUGGUUGGCGUUCCUCCCUAUAUUUUAUGUGACCUCGAGCGACUACAGAGUGCAGACGACAACGAUGUGCAUCUCUGUUAGCUUGAGUGGUUUCGUGGUCUUGGGCUGUUUGUUUGCCCCCAAGGUACACAUUGUCCUGUUCCAACCCCAGAAGAAUGUGGUCACUCACAGGCUUCACCUCAACAGGUUCAGUGUCAGCGGAACUGCCACCACAUACUCUCAGUCGUCUGCCAGCACGUAUGUCCCGACGGUGUGCAACGGAAGGGAAGUCCUCGACUCCACCACGUCAUCUCUGUGACUGUGACACGCAGUUCAGUUCUCAUGUUCUUAGGCUGUUAGACAAAGUGCUCACAUGCUGCCCCAGAACACGGAAACAGAACAAAAGAUCAACCUAGCACCUUUUUUUUUUUUAGAAACAGUACAAUAAAUUAUUUUUGAGGACUGUUCGGUAUAUAGCGAUGUGCUACAACUUUCUAGGCUGAUUUUAGUGCCCCUAAUGACCCCCUCCCCAAACAUGGAAAUAACAUUGUUUACAGAGCUGAGCACUGGUGACAGGGUCUGACAGGGUCAGUCUACUAAAACAAAACAAACAAACAAACAAAAAAAUCCCUAUACCGUGGCAAUAUUAGGUAAACUUUUCCUAUGAAGUCUUUUGUAGGUUCUUGUAACUAAUUUAGGGUGAGUUUCUACGUUGUAUAUUAAAGUUACAUUACGUGUUACAGAUUGUUUUUCUCGGUAUAAAAUAAAAAGCAUCUGUAUUAAUGUAAAGAUAACCAGAAUAAAACCUUCAAGGUUUUCAAGCAUGGCGGAUAACCGUUUGUCCUUCAAGGUAAUUUGAAUAUGUAGAUUUCAAGUCACCUUCUCUUGUUAAUGCUGGAAGUAAUUGUCUAACUGCACUUUUCUUCACAGUCACAUAUUUGAAUUGAGUUGUAGCCCUGCCAGAGAGUUGUGAGUAGAACUCUACUUUUCUACAGAUAAUACUGAUCAGAAAUUGGCAAGGGGUGACACCAUAAAUAUAAGACUAGCUCAUGAUGAUAUAUAAGUUAUCUUUUUAAAGCUAUGUCUAUAUUACAGUCCAGAUCUGUCAAAGGAGAUAAAGUCUUCCAUAUAUCCUGAAUAGAGAGCUGAGCUAUGACCCACCAGGAAAGGUCUGAUGAAGCUGAUGUUCAAAAAUAACCAUAGAAAAGAUAAGAAAACAUCAAAUAAUUCCAUUGGGAAAUCACUAUUGUCUUUAAUAGAUGAAUGGAGAAGUAAAAAUCCUGGAGAUCUUACUUCCCAUUGCUUUCCCAAGUCCUAGGAAUGAUGUUCUACCACACAAGCUUAUCAUAAAUUUAAAUAUUUUACUAAUCUAAAGUAAGGCAUGAAUAGUAUGGGUAAAACUUUAGUAAAUAAAUACUACCCUGUUUCUAACAAACUUUUAGUUGCAAAUAAUUUAUUAUUGUUGGAAAAAUAUUGAGAAUACACCUAUCUGUAGAACCUUUAUCACAUACUAAGGGCAGAAAGUACAUUUGUUUCUUAUGAUAAUGGGGGGAAAUGUUAUUAACUAUAUGGCUUAAAACAACAGAAAUUUAUUCUGUCACAAGAAUCAGCAGGACCAGGUUGUAAGGAUUCAGGCAUUAUGCCAGCCUGAAGCCUGAAUUCUUACACAGGCUGCCUUAUGGAUUCAAAAAAAUAAUCAAUUCCAUUCCUUUUCUUGCACCUGUAGCUUCCGUGGCUCAUGGACAUGUCAUUUCAAACUCUGUUCAGUCUUCAUAUCAUAAUCCCCACUGUCUCUGUCUUGUCCUUUGUCUCUUAAAAUGUCAUGUGUCAUGAGAUUUUGAGCUACCUAGAUAAUACAGGAUACUAUCACCUUGA